AGUCAUGACCUAGCUGCUCAGCGAAAGACCUUGACCUCCUUCUUGCGGCUAAUCAACUCGACCAUCGGUGAUAUAUACUUGGAUAGCUAUGGCGAAACUUGGAAAAAGGACAAGAUAAUCGAGCUUCAGGAGGACAAUUUGGUUUAUGUGUACUACACAGUUCACACUAAUCCUCGUAACAAGAACCGUAAUUGCAAUCAAAACACUACAAUAGUUGGUUUUCUAUCUUUCAAACUAGUUUUCAACCAGUUUGACAAGAAUAACCUAUACUACUACUUUUACUUGUUUGAAAUCCAUAUCAACCCGAAUUAUCAGAAUUCUAAACUCGGCUCUAUAUUAAUCGACAAAUACCACUCAUUGGCAAAUUUAUUAAAUGGCAAUCCUCAACUAAAAUCGUUGUUGCAGCUCAAGAAAAACUAUCGGAUUAAGAAAUAUUAUCUAAGCGUCUUUUCGAAAAACUUUAUAGCAAUCAACUGGUAUAUAAAUAAACUAAAUUACAAAAAAUUAUCCAAAAACGACUUUGGUUCAAAUGAAUUGCUAACAGUUCCAGAAGAUAAAAUCUUAAGAAAUGGCAAAAUAAUCAAACCAAUUUAUUACAUUUUA